UAGUAACACAUUAAUCGUGCGAUUUCUUACCGUUAACCGAACGGGAUGGAGAUAGUUUACGUCUACACGAGGAAACGAAGCGAGUUUGGUCGUCAGUGUAACUUUUCCGACCGAGGAGUCGAGCUGAACUCGGACAUUGUCCCUGACGACACGCUUGCCGCUCAAUUCAUUGACAAAAAUCCGUGCGAUAAAAUGCUUCAGAAUGCGCCUGAGAUGUCAGAACACGAGGUGAAUACGAUGAGGUUUGAGACAGAAAGUCGUGGGAUGAAUCAUGUGGAAGGUGGUUGGCCGAAAGAUGUGAAUGCUAGCGAGAUGGAACAGACGCUACGGUUUAGGAAGAAAGUGGAGAAGGAUGAGGGAUAUAUACAGACUGUUGUGCGAAUGGGGGAGGUUAUGGAGCAUUGUAUCAAACAGAACAAUGCAGUCGACAUUUAUGAGGAGUAUUUUGAGGGACUCAACGAUGUUGUCUCCAACGAGCCUCCAUCUGCCAAAACCAUCAAUGUGUUCCGUGAUCCAAACGAGGCCGUUUUCAAGCGCAGUGUCUCUAGUAUUAGCUGGCAUCCUGAUGGAGCAAGAAAGGUUGCUGUUUCUCACGCUGUUUUGGAGUUUCAGCGUGCACCUCCAUCUAUGUGUAAACAUUCCUACAUAUGGAAUUUAGAAAAACCAAACAAGCCGGAGAUAACUUUGAAACCAAUUUCUCCACUUGUCUGUUUGGAGUAUAAUCCAAAGGAUUCACAUGUUCUUGUUGGUGGUUGUUACAAUGGACUCAUAGGAUUCUGGGAUACACGGAAAGGAUCACAACCAGUUGAGAUGUCAUCAAUUGAUCACAGUCAUCGAGACCCUGUCUACAAAGUUCGGUUUCUAGCAUCAAAAUCAGGGACUGAGUGUUUUUCUACAUCCACUGAUGGUCAAGUGUUGUGGUGGGACAUCAGGAAGAUCAGUGAGCCAACGGACUCGCUUAGUUUGGAACUGAAUGGACAGAAACUAGGAGGAGUGUCGCUUGAUUUUGAAUCAACAAUGCCCACGAAGUUUAUGGUCGGCACAGAACAGCGAACUGUGUUGUUGUGUAAUCGAAAGUCAAAGAAUCCCAAUGAACGCAUUAGCGCUGCAUUCUCCGAUCAUCUGGGUUGUGUGUAUGCUCUACAACGUAAUUCCUUUUUUCCAAAGUACUUCCUGACCGUGUCGGAUUGGCAGGCAAGGAUUUGGGCUGAAGAUUUCAAAGAGACGCCAAUAAUGUGGACUAAGUAUCACCAGUCAUGUUUGACUGAUGGUUGUUGGAGCUCCAGCAGACCAGCCGUGUUCUUUACCACACAAUGGGAUGGGACGCUCGACAUUUGGGAUUUUGCUUUCAAACAGAAAGAGCCAGCUCUUGUAGUCAAAGUGUGUGAAGAGCCACUGACUGCUGUGAGAGUUCUAGACAGUGGG